GUUCUGAUAAUGCCAUUCCACCCAACUCUCUCUCUGUUUUCCAUAGCAAACCAGAAUCCCUCGCUUCUCCUUCCUUUCCCCUCCCCACACAACAACGACGACGACGACAGCGUACCAUGCUCGACCCGGCCCGGCGAAGAAACGACCUCAAGCUAUCCGACCACAUCCAGGUCUUCGGCGACGGUGCCCUCGACUACGGUUCCCGGGCUCGAAAGACCGCCGGAAGCUAUGCAAGCCACAGGGCUGCUUCUCAAACCAACAUGUGCGACUUCCAUGGAGGGACCGACGCAGACGAGGACUCCGGGGUAUGCACACCGCCGCUGUGGCGGUCGAGCCCACUGGAGAGCCCGCGGGGCCACCACGGCAGCGGCAACCAUUACCGGAGCUUGUCGCCCGCUUCGAGGACGCAGGCAAUCGCUCGGGGUCAAAUGGAGCUCAUGGAGAUGGUGAGGAACAUGCCUGAGUCGUGCUACGAGCUCUCUCUCAAGGAUCUGGUUGAGCUGCCGAGGGCUCGGCAAGAGCUGGACACCAUGGCGGUGAUACAGAGUGAUGGGAGUUCCAAGAGACAGAACAGUAACAGUAGAGUUGAAGGGAGCAAUAACAAAGGGCAUAUUAUGGCGAGGAGUGGAAGUAUCGACAACGGCGGGUUCUUGCUUAAAAUGAUGUUUCCGAUUCCUUGGGGCUCAAGCAAGAAGAAAAGGGAUAAUUCAGGCAACAACUUCAGGAAGGUCUCGCCGAGGCCCUCGAUGGACGGACCAGCAAGAGUCGGGGUCGAGGAGGAGUGGUGGAAGAAGAGGAAUCACGAGCCGGGCGACAGCGAGAUCGUUGAUUCGAGCGUGAACGCCGGAAGCAUGAAGAGCAGUGGGAGCAGCAGCAGCAGCAGCAGAUGCAACAGCUUGAGUAGUAGCAAGAGGCAUGGGGACGGAGGGUGCUGCUCGUUUCUCUGGACAAAGAAGACCGAACCGCCGAAGUGAAGGAGCGACAGCCCGCGGCCUCAAUCAAUUCUGUAAAUACGUUUCGCAUUGGAGUGCCUACAAUAUAUUUCAGAAAGCGUCGAAUGAGUUUGUAACUAUACUCUCCUCUAAAUUUCAGUAUGCUGUUUGCCCGAAUACGGUGUUCUUUCGCUUGCCCUCCUUGUGAAUCUCAUUGUUCAAGCAACGUUAAUUAUUGAAUCAAACUGUUUGAUUAGUGGA